AGCGACUUUCCCUCCCUAGGGGAAGGCUGGAGGAAGGUCUUGCUUACUAGCUAAGUCAUUCGAUUGAUUUUUCCUGAAAAUUGCAGGAAUCUAAAAAGUUUCUCGGGUCUAUGCAAAGUCAGCGACCAAAUAUUCUGCACUCUGAUAAACCCAUAUUUUAUAAUUCUGAAAAAUGGCAGACCUGAAAGUCGUUACUAAUCACAUCAAUGAAAAUGACAACGAUGAUGCAAGUGAUUCAGAAUCAGAGCUUCCAUGGAAGAAGAGAUUUAAGAUGGCUCCAACUUCAAGAAGGAAACUUCUGGUGCUUUGUCUUGGUGGACUCCUGGUAAACAGGGUGUACAUAAGGCAUCGGAGAAGUGCUCCCGCUCCACCAUUAAACCCUGAUGUGUAUACUGGCAGUUUUGCAGUUUUCAAGAGGCCCUUCUGUACUGAUUUUAUAAAAUUUUGCUUUGAACGAUUUGAAUUGGGUAUAUGGUCUGCUACUGUAGAAUGUAAUACAGAAGCUGUUUUAAAGUGUAUCGGUGGUUCUGAAAUGAAAACGAAGUUAGCAUUUGUAUGGGGUCGAGAAGAAUGUAUAGAUUCUGGAAUAGCAUGUCAAAGAAAUAGUCAAAAGCCUCUGUUUCUGAAGGAUUUGAGGCGAGUGUGGGAAAAGAAAUACCUUGAUCUUCCCUGGCGUAGGGGACAAUAUUCACAGUCGAAUACAUUGUUGAUUUGUGUUGAUCCUCCCACUUCCCUGCUGAAUCCUCCUAAUACCGCUAUAUUUCCCCAACCAUACAAAAGCCACGACAUGGAAGAUACGUUUUUAGGCCCGGAUGGUGAGUUGCGGGGCUAUCUGGAGAGAAUCGCAGAUGUUGAUAAUGUUCCAUCUUAUGUAAAAGAGCAUCCAUUCGGACAGCCUGCAAUAACACCUUCACAUCCCGACUGGAAUUACUACGCCAAGAUUGUUCAUGAGUUUCAAAAGGAAGACAAUGAGAAGUACCAGCAAAUGAAAAGUAUAGAUUUGGUUUGAAGCCACCUAGAAAGACAUUGUGAAUAGUAUGUGUGAUUCAAUUUCGUAUCAUGUUCAAUUGAAAUUAAUCUUCUGCUCCCAAGUGGUCAGUAUAAAAACUUCCCACUACUGAAUAGCAAGAGAACCUCACUGGGUUAUCUUAUUCAAUCAAUUCCCGAAUUUGUUAACCUUUUUCUGAAACUUUUUCAUUGUU